UACGACUGGCGGCGGAAUGUUUUAGCAGACGGACCACGGACAACUAGCUAGUUAGCCGCCGUUGGAAACAAAACCAGACUCUAGUGAGAGCAAGUAGCAAACCCCGGCUGUAUUCACCUACGUAGCUGAACGUCUGUAGACCAGCUUUGAAGAGGCGAAGAUGGGAGUCCCGAAAUUUUACCGAUGGAUUUCAGAGCGCUAUCCAUGUCUCAGUGAAGUCGUGAAGGAACAUCAGAUCCCAGAGUUUGACAAUCUCUAUCUGGACAUGAAUGGGAUCAUCCACCAGUGUUCACACCCCAACGACGAGGAUGUCCACUUUCGCAUCUCGGAGGAAAAGAUUUUUGCCGACAUCUUCCAUUACCUGGAGGUCCUCUUCAGGAUCAUUAAGCCCUGCAAGGUCUUCUUCAUGGCUGUGGAUGGUGUGGCGCCGAGAGCAAAGAUGAACCAGCAGAGGGGACGGAGAUUCAGGUCCGCCAAAGAAGCAGAGGACAAGAUAAAAAAAGCCCUGGAUAAAGGAGAGGUCCUUCCCACAGAAGCUCGCUUCGAUUCCAACUGUAUCACUCCAGGCACUGACUUCAUGGCAAGACUUCAGGAGCAGCUGAAAUAUUUUGUACACAACAAAAUCUCCACUGACAAGUUGUGGCAGAAAGUCAGAGUGUACCUGUCUGGCCAUGAGACACCAGGGGAAGGAGAACACAAGAUCAUGGAGUUCAUUCGCUCUGAGAACACAAGGCCGGGUCACGACCCCAACACCCGACACUGCCUAUACGGCCUGGAUGCUGACCUGAUAAUGUUGGGUUUAACCAGCCACGAGCCAAACUUCUCCCUGCUAAGAGAAGAGGUCCGCUUCGGAGGAAAGAAAUCCCAGAAAAGGAUAACGGCUCCAGAGGAGACAACUUUUCACUUACUUCAUUUGUCUCUGAUGAGGGAGUACAUCGACUAUGAGUUCUCUGGGCUCAGGAAUCAGAUUGGUUCUGAUUAUGACUUGGAGCGAAUAAUAGACGACUGGAUUCUAAUGGGCUUCCUUGUGGGAAAUGAUUUCAUCCCUCACCUCCCUCAUCUCCACAUUAAUCAUGAUGCUUUGCCUUUGUUGUACAAGACCUACAUCAGUGUACUACCCAGCUUAGGAGGUUAUCUGAAUGAGAACGGUCAUCUGAACCUCAGAACAUUUGAGAAAUACCUGGAAAAGUUGGCUGAGUUUGACCGGGAACAUUUUAGCGAUGUGUUUGUGGACUUGAAGUGGUUUGAGAGUAAAGUUGGUAACAAGUAUUUGAACGAGGCUGCUGGACUUGCAGCAGAGAAGGAAGCUGCUUGCAAAAACACAAAAAAGACAGAGGAAUCUUCUGUCAGUCUGGCAACUCUGACCUCAUCAGACGGAGCGGCUAGAGAACGAAAGGUAAAGACGGCAGAAGAUGACGAUGAGGAGGACGAUAUGUUUGAAACUGAAUUCAGACAAUACAAACGCACCUACUACAUGACUAAGAUGGGAGUGGAUGUGGUGUCUGAUGAGUUUCUUGCCAAUCAGGCCAAGUGUUAUGUAGAAGGCAUCCAGUGGAUUCUACACUACUAUUACCACGGGGUUCAGUCCUGGAGCUGGUACUACCCCUACCACUAUGCCCCCUUCCUGUCUGACAUCAGGAAUAUAUCUGGGUUAAAACUGACCUUCGACAUAGGGAAACCCUUCAUGCCCUUCCAGCAGCUUUUGGCCGUCCUGCCUGCUGCCAGUAUGGAGCUGCUGCCUGCGUGUUACAGGCAACUGAUGACCAGUGAAAGUUCGCCCAUUAUUGAGUACUACCCACUUGACUUUAAAACGGACCUCAACGGCAAGCAGCAAGAGUGGGAGGCUGUGGUGCUCAUCCCUUUCAUAGAUGAGAGGUGUUUACUAGCAGCCAUGGAACCCUGCAAUCACAGGCUGACUAAAGAGGAGAAAGCCAGGAACUGCCACACAGAGUGCGCAGUCUACUCAUAUGACAAAGAGAUAGACUGCACGUACACCUCCCCCCUUCCUCAGCUGUUCCCCGAUAUCAUCCACUGCCACUCCAGGGUAGAACACAUCCCCAUGGACGCCUGGCAAGUGCCUUUGGACCAUGUCAGCAGGCGACUGGAUCGCUCGUCUCUGUACUUCUGUGGCUUCCCAACUCUGCAACACAUCAAACACAAGUUCUUUAAGAAGAAGAGCGGUGUGGUCGUGUUCCAGCAGAGCAGCAGAGGGGAGAACAUGAUGCUCCAGAUUCUUCCCAGUGAGGAAGGAGAAACGAUAUGUGAUGAUGCUUCUGUGCAAGUACUGGGGAAGUCUGUGUUCGUGAACUGGCCCCAUCUAGAAGAAGCUCGCAUCAUUGCAGUGUCAGAUGGAGACACAAAGUUUUGUCUGGAGGAACCUCCAAGUGUACAGAGAGUGUAUGACCGCUCCUCCACUCCCCCUCCCACCAAAGUCAUCUGUCUGUCAGACAAGGAGCAGAAGGAUUGGGUGAAAGAUGUUCAGGGAAUCACUGAAUAUUUCUUGAGAAGAAAAGGCAUCAUGGUGAACGACACAUCGGUGGUUUUGUACGGCCAGUUGCUGACAGGAAGGAAGUAUGUCCCCAAAGCCAACGGAGUUGUGGAACUAGAGAAGCAGUGGGCCAAACAAGUUCUCCCUUUCGCCUACCAGACCGUGGUUAAGGACAUCAAGGCCUUUUACUCGUCUCUGACUUGUUUUAAGAGCUUGGAUGAGCUCUUCCCUCAAGCAACGACUGUCUUCAUGGUGGGGAACCCGUACUACGGUAACACAGGGGAGGUUCAAGAUUCCAGUGACGUCAUUAAAGACGGUCGAGUCCGUGUUGUCUUCAACGUGCCACAUGAGCCACAGCUUGAGCCUUUGAUCCAGAAUCAGCAUAAAUACUGUGUGAAAUACAGUCCUGGAUAUGUUCUGGCAUCUCAUCUCGGCAUCACCAGCUACCUCGUGUCCCGCUUCUCAGGAAGCAUCUUUAUUGGUAGAGGCUCUAAGAAGAAUCCUUGUGGGGAGCAAAAAGCCAACGUUGGCUUGAACCUGAAAUUCAACAAGAAGAACGAGGAGGUUCCUGGAUACACCAAGAGAACCGAAAAGGAGUGGCUCUACUCUGUUGCUGUGGAGGAACUGCUAGCUGAAUACUUGGACAGAUUUUCUGAGGUUUUCAACACAGUGUCCAGAAACAGUCAUGAUGAUGUUUUCUAUGAAGACGACGUCUGGCCUGGAGCAGACCAGAAUGGGGCCGAGAGAGUGGCUGAAAUCACUUCGUGGUUGAAAAGUCACCCAGUCAGCUCCAUCAGCAGGGCGUCAUGUGAUCUACAGGUGCUCGACUCAGCAAUCGUGGAAAGGAUCGAGGAUGCAGUUGAGAAAACUAAGGUGAAGAAGAGCACUAGGAAAGUCCGUGUGACUGUUAAACCUCAUCUACUCUUCAGGCCUUUGGAGCAGCAGCAAGGUGUGGUUCCAGACCCAGACGCAGAAUAUCGCCUGUUUGACAGAGUCGUCAACAUCCGGGAGAGCUUCACUGUCCCACUGGGGCUCAGAGGAACUGUCAUCGGUAUUCAAGGAGCGGACCGUGAGGCAGAGGUUCUCUAUGAAGUGCUGUUUGAUGAAGAGUUUGUUGGUGGUCUAAACAUCAGGUGUACAUCACCUCGCGGUUACCGUCUCCCUCCCUGCGCUCUCAUCAAUCUUUCCCACGGUGCCCGAGUGGAUCACACCUCCCACAAACUCACCGCCAUCGUCAAACCUCAGCCCGCAUCUGGCGGUAACUUCCACUCACACAGGCAGAUGACCGGCCUCAACCAUUCGCCAAGGUCACCCUUUAUGCCCACACAGCAUAACAACAAACACAGUGUGGGGAAGGCAGCCUCCCAGGGCAACAGAAACUCCCCCUCUAGAGGUCCCAUCCAGAAACAACAGGGCAGAAAUAAAGAGGAGUACGGAAAUGUGUGGCAGUCAAUGCAGAGCAUGGGCCCUCCGAAUAAACCUCCUGCUCACUGGCAGAAUCAUGAAGGACACACCCAACAGGGGAAGAACCUGCACACAACCCCCAACAAAGCUGCCCCAGUUGGUGGCAUAAGACUGUUGAAGAAAAAUGAAGACCCUGACUUCCUUCUCCCUGCACAGAACACAGGCAAUAAGACUUCGACUGAGUUUGAGGAUCUCAUCGCGAGUCUAAAGAUCUCUGCUGGUAAUCAGCAGACCCCACCUCCUCCUGCUCUUCCACAAGCACCCACCACCCAGUCAGAUGGCCCACUGUCUCCACAGUCUUUCGCCAUGAAAGGAACACUGGUCCUGAAGGAGAUGCUGAAGAUUGAUUCCGGCACAGGAAGCCCCCCUUUCCAGGACUCUGCUCACACAGCCCCCUCUGGAGGCCAGCAGCAGAACAGAAGACGAUCAUCCAAGAAACUAGCUGCAAAGAUGAAUUCCCCCCAUGGUGACACAGCUUCUCCUGCAUCGGCUGCCUCCACCAACCUCUCCAACACUGUGCUGAACAGUAAGGUGUCAGAGCUGGCAUGUGUCUGUGUGGGGUUAGGCAUGGCACCACCCGAUUUCAGCUUUAUAUGCAACAGACAGGGUCUGGUCGUGUGUCAGGUGAAACUAUCCAAUGGACUGAUGGUUCACGGUCCACAGUGCCAGUCUGAAAAUGAUGCCAAGGAGAAAGCUGCCUUUUUUGCCCUCCAAAGACUGAACUCAGUGGGAUCGGGCUUCCCACUCCCACCUGCUCUGUAUCCAGGAGUGGGUCAGAUACGACCUCCACCCAUGGGACCCAUGACCCGGGUCUUUAACCAGCAAGGGGGUAUACUGUUGCCCCCGCAGGGUUAUGGUCCUGGCCCUAUGUGGGGAAUGGCGCUGCCUCCGCACCACCAGAAUCAACAGUUUUAUGGACCCCCAGGAACCUUCCCUGGUGCCGCCCGCCCCCAGCAUGCACCAACAACCCUGCCCAUCGGCUCACACAACCAGUUCAUCCCGCUACAAGUGACCAAGAAGCGGGUCUCAGCCAACAAGAAGAACCAGGAAACUCGAGAGUUUUACAGCGCCGCACAUACCGUGGCCAGGAACCAAUCACAGAAGGUCCAUAACCAGCCCUCCGGCCAGUUGCAAUUUCAAAGUGAACCACAGAGCGGUCAGGUCAACCAGACGCACCAACAUGCUGCCAACAGCAACCCCACUUUGUCCACUACCAGUCUAGCAGAUGGUGUUUCCACGACAACCCCGCACACACCCCCGAGGCAAAACACGCCAGCAACAGGUCACACCCCUGGCUCCGCCUCCAAGAGGAAGCACAGGAAGCUGGCUGUCAACUUCGAGGCGGCUAAAGUGUCAGAGUGAUGAGCGGGGGUGUGUAUGUGUAGUGUUUUUAAGUUGCUGGUUCAAAGCCUGACUCAGCAUCUCAGUAAGAACGUUUCUUUUCACUCAACAUUUUAACGUAAAAGCAGCUUCAGUUUAAACGGAGGGACAGAUCCAACUUUGACUGACAUUUGUUGAGCCAUAUUACUCCCACUUUUACUGCCGUCUUUUUCUUUUCUUUCCUUUAGUCUUUCAUAAAAAUGAUUUUGUGGAUCUGAAUCAGAACACGAGUUCUCUUCUCAGUAUAUUUAAAGGAAAAAUGAUUUAUUACAGCUUCUAUUUUUGUAGCUCCUAUUUAGGAAACUUUUAGGAUCACGACAAAAUGGCAGCUACAAUGAAAAGCAAAUACAAGCACUGGUUGUAAACAACAGGCGACCAGUACCAUUACAUAAACAAUGUUAACAUCCAAAGCUGCUGAUGUGGGAAUUAAUAGCGUCACCAUUCGUUUUCUCCCCCAAAUACAUCAAGGUUUCAGAAACCCAUUAAUUAUCUUGCCUUGUUUGACAGUGUCAGCAGGUUUGAUGAGUGCAGUGUUACCAUUGUGGAUUCUUCAGACUCCUAAUGUUCACUGGCUCAUUGAGCUCAGCCUGGUUAAACCUUUCAGCAGUAAUGAAGAUCUAGUGAACACUGCCUUAAAGGUGCCUCAUUUUUAUUAAAUAUGCAUUUUAGGGGGAAAAACUGUUGAAUCCCAAAACUCAACAUCAGAAUUGAGCAAUUAGAAGAUGUAUAAUCUUAGACCUAUAUUCAAUAUUUCUGUUUUGACAUAACUACAUUUUGACUGAAUGUGGCUUAUCCUGUACAGCCUCCCCACAUUUCACUCUCCAUCUUCAAAUUGUUGCGAUGUGCAGUUGAUUUAAGGACCUUAUGACCCCGUUCAGACCUGGUAUUGACAUCCAUCCUGUGUGAUCCGAUCACAAGUGGUCAGCUCUAAGUUCAGGUCUGAACUCACCCUGAUCUGUCCUGAGAUGCAGUUCCAAAAAACUAAUUAGGUGGUGAUCUGAUGUGGCCACAUUUCUUUUGUGUGAACACAAGCGCGUCCUGGGCCUCAUUUAAAGGACCGCCCACUCAGCUGACGUCUUCUGACCCGCUACAGUUGAAAUGAAUUUUUUUGUUUGUAGCCAGUGCCACAAUAUCACUACUGACCACCACAUAAUGACUUUUGUUAAAUUGAUUGUUAAAUCUUUGCUCUUAGCUGCGCAAAUUCAUUCAUCCAGCCCCUCCGGACUCCUCUCUGGUUUAUUUACACAUAGAGCAGGAUGUGAAGGCAGAUCACACGUGGCCACAGGAGACACAUUUUAAUACCAGGUCUGAACAGGGCAUGUGUCAACACACACUGAGAACACGCAUCUGAAUGCUGAUUUGUUGGGAUCCAUCAUGCUCCGGGUCACACUGUGUCCGUGAUGCUUUGGAAACGCUCUUGGAUCAAAUUUAGAUCUUGGUUCUCAGGGACCUGUAGUCGUGACAGACGCUCUCUUCGUACUCCAGCCUCAGAUUUGCACUGCAGCGAUCUCUCUCUGAGUACCGGUGGAUAUUUGCAUGUUUGUAUGUUUAGAGAACUGUGUUUGGGCCUUGUUUUGUUUAGGGAGUGUUGAGCAGAGAAAUCAUCCGUCUGUCACGGCUACACUUGUACAUAGCGCUCACACUUAAUGAACCAUUAAAGCCAUUUGUAUAAAAACAGGCGACAUUGAUUAUGUUUUUCCAAUGUUACCCGUUUAAUUCUGACAGACAGUGCAGAGUCACUGCAGAGCUGUUUAACAAUAGCAGAGUCUGACUCACCUUCCUUAGCGAGACAUAAAAUCUCCAGAGGAAUUUUUAUUUCCAUUUUAUUUCUAUGAGGUGGACCCUGCGAAGUCCUUGAGUUUUAUCGUUGCAGUCUAUAAAAUCAUUUUAACCUGAAAAAAAGCUACUUCAUACAAAACCAAUCUUUCUCUUUUUAACUGAAGUGUCCAGAGAUUGUGGCUGAUUUUACACAGGUGGAAUUGUUUUGUCCAUUUUCUUGCUUCCACUCAGAAAAGGUAACAGAGUAAAUGUGACUGUUCACAAAAAUGUUUUUCAAUACUCUUGACAUUUUAAAUAAAAAUACAAACACUUGAGCCAAAAUCUUUUGAUUGUGUCAAGAUUCCUGACGUGUGACAGAUGUUACAUUAUGAAAAAUCGUUUGUGUGUCAAACAUUUUCGUUUCAAUCUGAUACUUUUGUCGUUGUGGUUUUCUGAGUAAAUCUUCAACUGGCAGAAAAAGUCACAAUUGACAUUAAGAGAAAGCAUUUAAUACUAAAAGUUUGAAAAUAGGUUCUUUUAUAUUUGUGUAAAUGAAGCCAAACAGCAUUGUAACUCCUGUCCAUAACAGGUACUGAUGGGUUUGUUCUCACUAAAUUCUAAAAUCUCUUGAGAUGCUAAUCUGAAUUACAUUUUCAGUUUAUGUUCAAUAUAAAAUUUCUCUUUUAAUGACCUUUUUUUUUUCUUUUGCAAGCUAUUGAUUUUAUGGAUACACUUUUUUUUUUAUAGACAUCGUCGGGUCUUUUCUAAGCGAUCUGAGAAAUUCUUCUUUCAGUGUUUGUGGUGCAGCCACGGUGAUGGAGGCAGCUGAAACCAUCACUAAUAUUUACUUUGUCCUCGUUUUGAGGGUUGCAGAUGUGUAGGACAUUUUGUGCAUAAUUUUUCUGUUCAGGCUGAUGUCUAUCUUAAUGCCAACCCUGGGACUCAAGUCUAAAAGGCUCUGGUGCAAUAAGAGGAUAUUUUAAAAUGUUUUGCAGAUUGAAGCACACCUGUUGUAUAUCUGUAUUCUUCCUUUUUUUGGAAACUAAUCGAAGAUUUCUCAGUUUUAGAAGAAAAUGACCUUAUGUUUUGAUCCAGGAAUGUGCUGUACAUAUCCAUUUAAUAAAGUGAAUCUUGUUAAAA